AUGGCAGAGCCACGUGAAAGAACCUUCAUUAUGCUCAAACCUGACGCCGUGCAACGUGGACUAGUCGGCACAAUUAUCCAGCGUUUCGAAAAUAAGGGCUUCAAGUUAGUUGCUCUUAAAUUUGUAUGGCCGUCUGAAGAACUUCUACAGAACCACUACAGCGAUUUGUCAUCAAAACCGUUCUUCCCUGGACUUGUGAAGUACAUGAGCUCUGGUCCAGUUGUUCCAAUGGUGUGGGAGGGACUUAAUGUUGUUAAAACUGGUCGUCAAAUGUUGGGUGCAACAAAUCCAGCGGACUCUCAACCUGGUACGAUUCGUGGUGAUCUUUGUAUUCAAGUUGGUCGCAAUAUUAUUCACGGCUCAGACAGUGUUGAAUCAGCUAACAAAGAAAUCGCUCUAUGGUUUACUGAAAAGGAACUAGUUGGGUGGACACCAGCUGCCGAAAAUUGGGUUUAUGAA